GCACACCUGAUCAUGCUCUUUGGGGAUAUGCCAGCAGUCGCCAAGCUGAUGCAUAGGAAGGGACAUGCUGGAAACCAGCCAUGCAGAUUUUGCAAUAUCAGUUCAGUCUGUGCAAAUGGGCACAAAGGCAUACCUCUCGACCAACAAUCCUUUCAUUCCUCUUCAUCUACAGCUUCAGCCCAGUAUGAUCCACUGAAUCUCCCUCUUUGCUCACACAACUCGAUUCUCUGUGAGGCCAAAUCAGUCAUGCAGGCUGAGAGCCAUGCUGAAGCAGAGCAUUGUGCAAAGGCAUCUGGAAUCAAUGGAAUCAGCAUCUGGCAACACUUCGGGAGCAUCAUCUGGCCAACCUCAUUCCCUCUUGACUUCAUGCACCUUGUUUUUGAGAAUGUUGUACCCCUCCUCCUUGAUCUUUGGCUUGGUGUGAGCAAACACUGUGUUGAGGGGGACACAUUCACCUUACUGCAUGCAAUUUGGACCAACAUUGCCAAGCAAGUUGCCAAAAGUGGGAACACCAUUGCUGGUGCCUUUGGCCAACAUGUCCCACAUCUCCUGAACAAACAGCAUGAGUUCACAGCAGAAGCAUAUAUGCUAUGGAUUACCCAAUUGGCACCUGUUGUCCUCUUGUGGCAGUUCACCAAUGAAGCAUAUUACCACCACUUGGUCAAAUUGUCUCAUUUCAUCAAUGACUGCCUCAGUUUUUCCUAUCACACUGGCUUCAUGACCAUGCUCUGCAAGUGUUUGGCCAAGUGGGUUCUUCAAUAUGAGCGAUUG